AUGAAAAAACAAGCAGCCAAGUCUGGUGAAAUAUAUCAGGUUCCGCCUCCAGCGAACGUCAUCUUUAGCGGCCGGCGAAGCUCCAAGGAACUGGAAGGCGAGCAACCUCCAUAAGCAGAUCUACAAUAUAGGUGCUAACCAGCAAACGGUAACAAGUGCAACAUAUUAGCUACUUAGACAUUACUACUUGCACAGAUAAAUAAUGGAGGAGUCGGAAAAGAGGAGGGAAAGGCUAAAGGCAAUGCGAAUGGAAGCGGAUUGCGUUCGUGGCGAGGCAGAGAACUCUAAUAUGGGUGUGAGCUCUGGCCAUGGCUUAGCCAAUCCACUACUGAGUGAAAACCAGACCUCUCAACAGGGCGUAGCUGAUUUGAGACCAAGAUUUGACUACUAUACUGACCCCAUGGCUGCUUACUCCGCAGACAAGAGGAGGAACAACCACAUCCCUCAAGUUGUCUCGCAACCACAUUUCACACCAAGACCAGCAUCCUCUAAUGUUACAGGUUAUCCUUCCCAAGGAAGCUACUUCGAACACGAUCAAAGACCACCACAAGCACAUCGCCCUCCAUUUAGGCCUCCUAUGGGGAGCUCCCCUGUGCAUGACAGGCUGCCAGGAAGUCCUCAAAAUGCUUGGGUUAGUCCUGGUGGCCCACCUUCCAACAACUAUCCACCCAAUUCCACAAGAUUCAGUAAUAGCCCAAAUCACAGAUAUGGGCAAGGUGGUCAUGGUUUUGGUUAUGGGCGAGGAGGGCCUAUGUUUAGUAAUAGUCCCCGGCCCAUUUCUGUACCUGGAGGCAGCAGUAGCAGCCCAUACCAAUACCAAGGUUCCGGAAGAGGGGGCAGGGGUGGUGGUAGAUGGCAAGGUAAUAAUGUUGACAAUCAACGGGAAAAUAGAUAUUAUAACAGGUCAAUGAUAGAAGAUCCGUGGGCGCGAUUGCAGCCAACCAUUUGGAAGAAGAAAGUAAAUGCCAACCCCAACUCGUCGUGGAUGCCAAAUUCCAUCAGCAGUGUAAAAAAGGCAAGGGUUUCAGAAGGUCCAGCAGUGAAGAUACCCCCUCAGCAAAGCCUUGCCGAGUAUCUCGCUGCCUCAUUUGGUGAAGCAGUCAAUGAUGAUGCUGUGAAGAAUGCCGAGAUUUUAUGAUAAUCGCAGCUGGCCCAUUCGGGUUUGCAUUUCGGGUUCCCCUUUUAAAAAAAUUUGUAAAAGUCAAGUGCAGAUUAUCUUUUUUACGCCAAAAUAGUGUUUCUUCCUUUGAGGCUUUCACUGAAUUUAGUUAUGCCAUUGCUUACUCAGUUAUUAGUUACUCAGAUGUGUUCUUACGUAGUAAUUGUUCACCUUGUAUAUUCAAUAUGAUAUGGGUAUUGCUGAAAUGAAUAAGUGAGAAACUC